GCUUUCACAAAUAUUGGUUCUCCAAAAUUAUAGUACGCAGCACAGAAAAUUAGGGCACGUCAGUCGCGAUAGGGGAGGAGGAAGUUCUUGUGGCGGCGGAAGACGAGGAGGGGCCAGAAUGAAUAGAGAACUACUUCGUCGUCGGCUAGAAUCCUGCAAUUGCUGGUCUUACUCGCUCGACGAAGUCGUGGAUCUUCUCCGUUCAACCUACCGAGACUACCAACGAAUCAAGAAGCAACCUUUUACUACGUUUGUCCGCAAAACCUUGAAAUCACUCUCUCAGGAAUCGCCCUCUCCGCAGCAAUUGAACAAAAGGAAGAAGCGGCAAGUAAAGCUCCCCUCUCCUUCGACUCCAGGCCGGACCGAAGAGGAGUACGAUGAUGAAGGAGAGGAAGAAGUUGAAGGCAGUCGAACUAGUGCUUCUCGGACGAAGAAGCGGAGGAUGCUGAGUGGGAAGCACCAUCAGACGUCUGAUGAUCCGUCGGAGGAGGAGUUGGAAUCGAGUUCGGACGGUGGAGAUGGGUUCGUGUCCACUUUGGAGGACGCGGUUUACGGAGAGAAGAUGGAACCCCCGCAAUUUGACGUGACGAAAUCGAGUUUGCUAGCUGCCUAUAAGGAAUUAAGCGGCGCGGCGGUGAAGAGGCCGGAAAAGACCGCGGUGGAGGAGAAUGUGGAGCUGGAGGUUGACAGCAAAAAGGCCAAUAAAAUCGAGUUGGUGGAUGGAGGUAGAGGACGGCCGGGGAGGGUGGGGACUGAGUUGCCCACGGGAAGGGAUGGUGGCGUUGAGGUGGUGAAGGGGGAGGAGGGACCGAGGUUUAGGGAUUUGGGAGGGAUGGACGGGGUUCUGGAGGAGUUGAAGAUGGAAGUGAUGGUCCCCUUGUACCAUCCGCAGUUGCCCCGCUGGCUCGGGGUACAGCCUAUGGCCGGGAUUUUGUUGCAUGGCCCGCCUGGCUGCGGGAAGACCAAGCUAGCUCAUGCCAUCGCCAAUGAGACUGGGGUUCCGUUUUACAAGAUUUCGGCUACUGAGAUCGUCUCUGGUGUCUCUGGUGCGUCCGAAGAGAAUAUUCGAGUCCUUUUCUCUAAAGCAUACAGGACUGCACCAUCAAUUGUUUUCAUUGACGAAAUUGAUGCAAUUGCCUCUAAAAGAGAAAAUCUACAUCGAGAGAUGGAGCGAAGAAUAGUGACACAGUUGAUGACUUGCAUGGAUGAAUCUCAUAGACUUGUACAUCCGUCAGAUGCUAAUUCAAACUCAGGAAAUUCUGAUCAGAGACCUGGAUAUGUUCUUGUAAUUGGUGCAACCAAUAGGCCUGAUGCUGUUGACUCUGCACUGAGGAGGCCUGGACGAUUUGAUCGUGAGAUUGUCCUAGGUGUUCCAGAUGAAAAUGGAAGGGCGGGGAUUCUUUCCGUGAUCACACGCAAUCUUAGACUGGAGGGUUCAUUUGAUCGUCUGAAAAUAGCCAGGUCUACACCUGGUUUUGUUGGGGCUGAUUUAGCAGCCCUUGUUAACAAGGCGGGUAACCUUGCCAUGAAGAGAAUUAUUGAUGAAAGAAAAUCUCUUCUAUCGAAGGAUUCUAUAAAUGAAGAAUAUACGGAGGAUUGGUGGAGGCAACCAUGGUUGCCUGAAGAGAUGGAAAAACUUACCAUCACAAUGGCUGAUUUUGAGGAAGCAGUUAGAAUGGUUCAACCCUCAUCGAGAAGGGAAGGAUUCUCUGCUAUUCCUAAUGUGAAGUGGGAAGAUGUUGGUGGGCUUGAUUUCUUAAGAAAGGAGUUUGACCGUUAUAUAGUUAGUCGUAUAAAAUUUCCAGAGGUUUAUGAGGGAUUGCACGUGGACUUAGAGACAGGCUUUUUACUCUAUGGGCCUCCAGGUUGUGGUAAAACACUGAUUGCCAAGGCUGUAGCUAAUGAGGCAGGAGCCAACUUCAUUCACAUCAAGGGCCCUGAACUUUUGAAUAAAUAUGUUGGGGAAAGUGAGCUGGCAGUUCGGACAUUAUUCAGUCGUGCAAGGACAUGUUCGCCAUGCGUACUUUUCUUUGAUGAGGUGGAUGCUUUGACAACAAAUCGUGGCAAAGAAGGUGGAUGGGUUGUUGAGAGACUAGUGAACCAGUUACUCAUAGAGUUGGAUGGUGCAGAGCAACGGAGGGGUGUUUUUGUCAUUGGUGCAACAAAUAGACCUGAGGCGAUGGACCUUGCCCUCUUACGGCCUGGUAGGUUCGGUAAACUUCUUUAUGUUCCUUUGCCCAAUGCAAAUGAGCGCGGACUGAUCUUAAAAGCUCUUGGGAGGAAGAAGCCUAUUGAUGCCAGUGUAGAUUUGGGUGCUAUUGGGCGAAUGGACGCUUGUGAGAAUUUGAGUGGAGCUGAUCUUGCUGCACUGAUGAAUGAAGCUGUAAUGGUUGCUGUUGAAGAGAGACUCUCAACCGAGAGCAUUUCAGAUGCAACUUCAUGGACCAUCAAGGCAACACAUUUUGAACGGGCAUUGAGUAAAAUCUCUCCUUCUGUUUCAGACAAGCAAAAACAAUACUACAAGAUUUUGUCCGAGACCUUAAAAGCGGCAUGAGAAGAAUCAUUGUCCGACUUUGUACAGUGACAUGGCUGAGGAUGCGACAGUUACGACUCAAUCAGAGGAACAUUUGUAUACAAAAGAAGUCAGUUUCGAUGCUAAAAGUAGCUAAUGUUCUUCUCAUUAUUUUUUACCAUUUUGUUUUGCUGUAAUCUUGAAGGAAGUACAUGCAUUGCGACAUGGGAGAAGAAAUUUUGUGCUGAUGGAGGCGGCUCCAGAAUUUUGUUGAGACGUUUGAGUUAUUUCUAAUCUAAGCAACGAAUGAAAUUCCUCUGGUU